AUGAUUAAAGAAGAAAAUAAAUUUCUUUUUUAUAUUUGGAGAAAUUUAUAUUUAAAAAAUAAAAUUUUACAACAAGUUAAAUAUUUAAAUAAUAAUAUUUUUAUAGUUGAAAUAAAAAGUAAAGAAGAGUUAUUAAAUCAUAAAUUUAGAGAUUUAAUAAAAGUUAUAAUUUAUAAUUCAAAUGAAGAUAUUUGUAAAGGUGAUUUACCAUCAAAUAUUGUUAAAUUAUCAUUUGGUAGAGGUUUUAAUAAACCAAUACCAAGUGGAGCAAUUCCUUUAACCGUAAAGUCAAUAACAUUUGGAAUGUUUUUUAAUCAAAAAUUAACUUUAGGAAUAGUUCCAUCAAGUUGUAAAUUAUUAAAAUUUGGUGAAUUUUAUAAUCAAAAUUUAAUACCAAAUCAAUCAAUUCCACCAAGUGUUGAAAAUUUAGAAUUUGGGUUUAUGUAUAAUGAAAAACUAAUUAAAGGUUCAAUUCCAUCAAGUGUUACUUAUUUAACAUUUGGGAAUCAAUUUAACCAAAUACUAACAGAUGGAAUCAUUCCAUCGAGUGUGAAAACACUGAUAUUCGGUGACAGUUUCAAUUUACCAUUAUUUAAAAAUGCAAUUCCAUCAAGUGUGCAAACCUUGAAAUUCGGUUUAAAAUUCAAACAAUAUUUAAACAAAAAUUCAAUUCCACCAAGUGUGAAAUCAUUAACCUUUGGAAACGGGUUUAAUAAACCAUUAACCAAUGAAUCAAUUCCAUCAAGUGUUGAAUCAUUAACAUUUGGUAAUUGUUUCAAUAGAGAAUUACUACCAGGUGUAAUUCCACCAAGUGUCAAAUCAUUAACAUUUGGAAAUGAUUUUAAUAAACCAUUAACCAAACAAUCAAUUCCAUCAAGUGUUAUCUCAUUAACAUUUGGUAAUAAAUUUAAUCAACCAUUACCUGACGGAGUGCUACCUCCAAAUCUUUUAACUUUAAAAUUUGGUAACUCCUUUAACCAACCGAAAUCAAAUAUAUCAAUUCCUCAAACUGUUAAAUCAUUAAAUUUUUAA